CACCUUUCUAUUGACAGCAAUCGAUAGCUUUGAGCAUUGAGAACGCUUGUCACACUACACAAUCCAGCACAUACCCAACGAGACAUCAUGCCUGGCCAAUACGCCCCCUCCUGGCUCGCCUGGGAAGAAGCCUCCGGCGGCCGAGCCACGCUCCAAGGCUCCCCAGAGGACAUCAAGAACCAAUACGUGCAACUCGUAACCGCUCUGGCUCCACUCUUUCCCACACCCUCCGAGAACGUCGAUGUCGUCGAAGGCAAAGUCGACAGCAUCGGCUACCGCACCUAUGUUCCCAAGAACGCCUCUGGACCUCUACCCAUCUGCAUUUGGACUCACGGCGGAGGCUGGAUGACCGGAGAUCUCGACUCGGACGAUCUGAUUUGCCGUAUGGUGGCCGAGCACACCAAUUCUGCUGUAGUGAACGUCGAGUACCGCUUGACGCCCGAGAGUGUCUGGCCGGCGCAGUUGGAGGAUAGCUUAAAGUUGUACAAAUGGGCCCACGCCAACGCCUCGACCUUCCACGGCGACCCCAACAAAAUGUACACAGCCGGCGGCUCCGCAGGUGGUGGACUCGCCCUCCAAAUCGCCAAUAACAUCACCCAGGACCCAAAACUCAAGUCCACGAUCAAAGGCGUCGCAGCUCUCGUCCCGACCACCGCUCACUGGGAUAGUAUCCCUGACAAGUACAAGUCCAAGUACAAUUCCUACACGGAAAAUGCAAAAGGAACUCCCAUUAUCGAUAAGGGGAGUAUGGAGAUUUUCUACGAACAUGUGAAAGUCGACCCCAACGACCCAGCAGUCUUCACCCUCCUCGCGACGGACAACCACAAGAAUUUCCCGCCCGUGUACUUCACGUCCUGCGAAUUUGAUCCGUUGAGGGAUGAUGCGUAUGUCAUGGAGGAGGCGCUGAAGGAAGCGGGUGUGCCGACGAAACACGAUCAUUACCCGGGCAUGCCUCACUACUUCUGGAUCUUCCCGCCGGUGCCGGAGAGUCAGACCUUUAUUGGGAAUUUGAUGGCGGGGAUUGAGUGGUUGAAGGGGCAGAUGUAA